AAAAAAAACGUGCAGAUGACGGGAAUUUUUUUGUUGGGGUAAUCUGGGAGUUCGGAGCUAGUUGAAGCUUGAGGUCGGUUAGUGGUCAGUAAUCUGUGGUCUGUUCCGUGAGUGGUAUGAGUGUGGGAUAAGAAGUCGAAUAGACAGGUGACAAGCUCCGUGUGAUCGUACAGUGAAUCCGAUCACUCGCAUAACAGUCUACGAUUUGAUGUCGAAUUUCUGUCGAUAAUCAUGAUAACGUUACUGUCUACCGAAGUAAUCAACAUCAUCCUGCAGCAGCAGAGCAUCAGCUUCAAGGACGUCGUGAAUUUUAGUCUUACAUGCAAACGAUUCCUCAAUAUACUCAACGACAACAUGCUGUGGCAGAAGAAGGUUUAUCAGAGGUGGCCUCAUUUAAGAAGACUUUAUGAAAAAGAGAUACAAAAUUCAAAAUAUAUAAAUUUUAAAGAUCAAGUAAAAGUCAGCAUAGAAUGUAAAUAUAAAUUGGAGCAUUAUCUAUCGUUGAUGGCCAAAAAACAUUUUCAAAAAGACGAAUUAUGCGAUAUUGAUAUGGAAGAUUUUGAUUGUUUAUUUCGCCCAAAUAUGGGUGCGCAUUCUAUGAGUUACCAUUUUUUCAUGGCUGAGUUAAUAUAUUUGACUACGUUGUCACCAUAUUCCAAUGAUUGUAACUUGACGCAUCAAUAUUAUGGCAAGAAACUUCUUUCAUAUGUGCAUAAGUGUUAUCUAAAGGAAGCAUGGAAAGAGUUUAUCAAUAGUCCCAAAGAACAACAAAUUUUAGAACGAGCAGCUACCAUUGUAACACAAUGGUAUCAGCCUCUGAAACAUAUCUAUUAUUUAGAUGUGGAGGCUGAACUGGACAAUAUCGCAAAACAGGUAUUGGAGGACCUUAAAAAAGCACACCCUACACAUCCAAUAUUUUCGACGUCGGCUAAGCAAUUUUCUUUUUGGAAAUGCAACAACAUCGAUAACAAUCAAUGGAGCAGGCAGAUAGAACAGCAGAUUAUAGAUGCAGUUCGAGCAGUUUUAUUUGUUAAAUUAGGCUUCUGUGGAACUGAUGAGCUUAUGAGCAAUGAAGAAAACAAGGUUUAUGAACUAGAAGAAAUUAUCAUAGACGGCGUUUUAAAAAACAAAAUUGGUAACUCUAUAACUUUGGCAGUAAUAUUCCACAGUGUGGCGAGAAGGCUUGGCGUACGCUGCAAUCUAAUAUUCGUUCCUACUCAUCAUUUUUUAAGUUGGAAGCCUAAUACAGAAAAUUCUGAAGAUGAAGAAUAUCUCUAUAUUGAUAUUUUACAAGGUGGAGCUAUUCGAAGCAAGAAUGAUUGUCCUAGAACUCGUGGUAGAAGAUGUCCUAUAGAAAAUUUCAAUAAGCAUUUUGAGAUGAAUCCUUCACAGAUGGCAUUACGAAUGAUUAACUAUUUGCAAAUGGUUAAUCCUAAUUAUCAACAUCAUUAUGAUCGAUCUCUACAAUUGCGUUCACUAUUGGAAUUCCGAUAUAUGUUGAAUCCGUUCGAUAGAGAUACUAUUCAGCAAUUAGGUCUCCAUUAUGUGCAGAAUCACAUAAGAUUAUCAAAUAUCAGAAUUCCAUUAGAAAGGAUACUGGAGUGCUGCAACGAUGACUCUAUAGAAGGACGGCAAAUUGCCUCCAUCUUAAAUCGGUUCGGACGAAUGGCAAGGCUUAUUGAGCCAGAGUUAGCACCUACAAAUGUUAUAACACCACAAGAAAGGCCGUGUAAAAUGAAAUAUGCAGUUGGGAUGAUCAUGACUUGGAAUGAUAGAGAUGAUAUGAAUCAUACUGGAGUAAUAAUUGGUUGGAGUAAAAGUUAUAAUACAUGCAUGGCUAGAGAAUCUAGAUUUAGAAUUUUACAUAAUCAAAGGAUUCCUGAAGCCAUUACUUUAUCACAACCAUUUUACACUAUUCUGUGUGAAAAUGGCGAUAAGUACUACGCUGCCGAAGAUUCUGUAAUAGAGGCAGCUUUACCAAAAUUUAUCCGACAUAAUAAAAUUGGUCAAUAUUUUUGUAAAUAUGCGUGGUCUCAUUAUGUACCAAACGAAGUACUAGCGACAUAUUAUCCACAAGAUAUGGCGUUUCUUAAUACGCUUCGUCUACCAUCAUCUUUUGACUAUCCACAUCUUUAACCUUUUUUUUUUAUAAAAGAAUUAUAAGAUAUAUCCUACGCCUUUCUUACUCAUUUAUUGCUCAUAGUAUUAUUUUGACUCAGGUAUGCCUUUAUAUAUAAUUAAUUUAUGUAUAAUUUAUAUAUUAUAUGUACUGAGAAAUUAUUGAUUUAGGAAUGAGAAAACUGUGAUGUAUAAAUAAUU